AUGAUCAAUGUUGAGGAGGCGAGAGCGUCCGAAAAGAUCUCAACUACGGGACUGAGGUUGAGUCGGAAGCGCCUGGAUAUACUUGGCAUCCCACGUUCAUGGCUGUAUCAGGUAGAAGAGCGUGCGACCAGUGACGUCUACUCAAUCAUUCCUGGAGUAUCACCUGCUGACAGAGCUAGAACUCGAUCAGACCACAUACUCCUUGCUCACUGCAUCGGUCUCGGAAGGGGCGAGCGAGGGCCUGGUCCCAGUGAAUCGCAUAUGACCCGCAUGGUGUGGGCUGACCCCUCACCCCUCAUCAGCACUAAAUCCGGUGCGGCGAUGUUGCCGAGAUGUCGGACGAAGUUGCUUGAGACCUCGGGCAUCAUCCAAGACGGCAGUACCCAGUAUUACGUGCAUGAUUCCAGGGCCUCAGUGCAUGAAAAGGCAAUACAACGACGCACAAGACGUGAUCGCGAGGGCAACUGGGCAUCAUGCAAGUCAGAGGCCUGGUGCGGCGGCAGGUCGAAGGUGUGCGGCUUGUGGUCGAACGUGGUAAGAAGGCGGGGAACCAAGUCUCCAGGAUCGCCAAUUUGUGGGGUAAUAGCGUCGUCGUUGAUGGCCGCAUGGUCGGCUCACGCUCGGUUUGCGACGAGGCUGUGUGCGUCCGCGCGAACAUCCAUGGAUUACAGUUGUUUUGCAGAAGAGAAUGCCAUCGAGAGAUCCAUUAAUGCCGCUACGGAACCACUGCAUACAGCUUGCGGCAACGCCAGUAAAACUCUUCAUCCUCGUGCCGCUAGAUUGUGGAUUUCGCAUGACUUGAACGUCGCGGAAUACACUUUCGGGUCAUUGUAA